AUGGCUACAGAAGGCAAGCAAAGUGUGGUGAAAGUGAAGGCAAGCAGUAGUAUUUUUGAUGGUUCCAAGGGAAAGAUUGAAUCUUCAAUGAAAGCUAAGAAAAUUGAGAGCUCAAACAAACAAAAACAACCUGCUGUUGAUACAAAGCGUAAAUCUGUCUCAGCUGUAACUAAAACUGAGGUAAAAUCAAAAUCAGCACCGAGUUCAUCAAAAUCAGCACCGAGGUCGUCAAAAACCACGACGACGACCACAACUACCAGAGUAAGACAGAAGAAAGUAUUCUCCUUGCCUGGUCAGAGAUAUGAUCCUCCUGAAGGGAGAGAACCACUUAGGAUAUUCUACGAGUCGCUGUCUAAACAGAUUCCAACUAGUGAAAUGGCAGAAUUUUGGAUGAUGGAACAUGGCUUACUAUCUCCAGAGAGAGCCAAAAAGGCAUAUGAGAAGAAACAAAGAAAGCAAAAAAUGCAACGAUUGGGAACUCCCAUUAAAUCUACCAAACCAUCCACUAGUAAACCUGAGAGUUAUCAAAAGAAGCAACAGGCAUCAAAGAAUGGUGACCUUAAAGCCAAGAGGAAAAUCAGCAAUGACAGUGACGAUGACGACUUUAUUUUAAGUCCCAAAAGAAGGAAAGGGUAA